CUGCGGGUGACGUCGGCGGCCGGGGUUGGUUCCGGAGUUGCUUGCUGGAGUUGGCGGCGGGACAUGCGAGUGUGGCCGGUCGGUAUCCCACUUUGGCCUGUUGCACCGCCACCCGCUGCAGUUCCCCCCGGAUGGUAGUGGCCUGAAGCCCCAGCAUUUGGCUCCAGAGCUCGGGGUCCGGGGCCGUUGCAGAGGGCGAGGGCGAUGGUGCUGGGCCGGCGACGGCGCGCCAAGCCAUUCCUGCUGAUCUGCUUUGGAAUGAUCGUCGUGGGAUUCGUGAUUCUGAGCUGGAGCGGGCGGGACGACGAGAAGGACGGGGGCGCGGAGCGUCAAGCGCCCGCUGCGGCGGCGGGAGGAGGCGGUGACCACACCGACGAUGAGUACGAGCAGUUGAGGAGACCCGUUUACGAGAAGCCACCGCUGGACGAGAACGCUCUGGGAGAACUGGGCAAAGCCGUUCGUCUGGACUUACAGGGGGAAGAGAAGAAGAAGGAGGAAGAGAUGAUCAACAAGCAUCAGAUCAACAUAUACGUGAGCGACAGGAUCUCUCUGCGCCGCCGGCUGCCCGAGAGGUGGAACCCGCUAUGUAAAGAGAAGAAAUAUGAUUAUCGAAAUCUGCCAACCACUUCUGUGGUAAUUGCAUUUUAUAAUGAGGCAUGGUCAACGCUCCUGAGGACAAUUCAUAGCGUUCUUGAUACUUCACCUGAUAUUCUAUUGAAGGAGGUUAUCAUAGUGGAUGAUUACAGUGAGCGAGAGCACCUAAAAAAGCCUUUAGAAGAUUAUGUAGCUGGUCUCCGCAAAGUUCGAUUGAUACGUGCACGGAAGAGAGAAGGCUUGGUUCGUGCACGAUUGCUGGGUGCAUCUAUAGCUUCAGGUGACGUCUUGACUUUCCUGGACUGCCACUGUGAGUGCCAUGUGGGUUGGCUGGAACCGUUACUAGCGAGAAUCCAUGAAGAAGAAUCUGCUGUGGUAUGCCCUGUGAUCGACGUCAUUGCAUGGAAUACAUUUGAAUUUCUGGGAAAUCCGGGAGAGCCUCAGAUUGGUGGGUUUGAUUGGAGGCUCGUUUUCACCUGGCACGUGAUUCCUGAUCAUGAACGAAAGCGAAGGCGAUCGCCGAUUGAUGUUAUCAGGUCUCCAACCAUGGCAGGUGGGCUGUUUGCUGUCAGUAAAAAGUACUUUGAGUAUCUGGGCACGUAUGAUACCGGGAUGGAGGUCUGGGGAGGAGAGAACCUGGAGUUUUCUUUCAGGAUUUGGCAGUGUGGGGGUUCCUUAGAGAUACAUCCUUGUUCUCAUGUGGGUCAUGUUUUCCCUAAACAAGCUCCUUACUCCAGGAGCAAAGCCCUGGCAAACAGUGUACGUGCUGCUGAGGUCUGGAUGGACGAAUAUAAAACACUGUACUAUCACAGGAAUCCACAUGCACGUUUGGAGCCAUAUGGUGAUGUAACAGAGAGGAGAACACUAAGAGAGAAGCUACAGUGUAAAAACUUCAAAUGGUUUUUGGAGAACAUUUAUCCUGAUAUACAUGUACCUGAAGACCGUCCAGGUUUCUUUGGAAUGCUGAAGAACAAAGGGAUGUCUCUGUACUGCUUUGAUUACAAUCCACCAAAUGAACACAAUGUUGCAGGAGAAAAAGUCAUUUUGUACCAAUGUCAUGGAAUGGGGCAAAAUCAGUUUUUUGAAUAUUCAUCACAUAAUGAAAUCCGUUACAACACUCGGCAGCCCGAGGCCUGCAUUGCAACGGACGCUGGCAAUGACUACCUGACAAUGUUCCUUUGCCGAGAGAAUAAUCAGCCUGUACCUGAAAACCAGCAAUUCGUUUUUAAGGAGGAUGGUUCAAUCUACCAUGUCCAGUCAAAAAAAUGUGUAGAGGCUGUAGCUAAUGCAUUCAAUAAUGGUCGUCCAGGGCCAUUACUGCGACCAUGUUCAGAUAAUGAUAACCAGAAAUGGCUCUUUCAAGAAAGAAAAUGAUCUCUAUAUGUUUACAUCCAUGAGCAGCCAGAUGAACAGGAAUCCAUUGACUUCAUAGUUUCAAAAAGCAGCCAUGACCAAAAAGUAACUGUUUUCUUGUGGCAAAAUGGGAUCUUAAUUUUUUUGGACAUUGCCUUUAGAGUAUUUAGUAUGAGAUUUUAAUAUUUCUGUAAUAUUAUGGCAUCUUUGUAUCAAUUUUUUCAUUGAAAUCUGUUUAUCUUUAGUAAUAAUGACUCAAAUUUAUAUAAAAAAGACCUUUAAAUUUAUAAAGGAUAAUUUUAAGUGCGAAUUUGUGUAAUUGGUGAGAAAUCUAACUGCAAGUAUUUGUGUUGAACUUAAAUAAUGAUGAACCUCUGGGAUUUAGUCUCUCCUCUGAAGGGCUUUAGUGAAAUAAGGAUUGGAAAUGAAAUUAGGACUUCAUUGUUACUGCUUGUGAUCUGCAAUAUCAUAGUUACAAGAAAGGACACAAAAUUGCCAACCUACUUCAUGUAGAGUAUGAGCAGAGACCUUCACUUUUACCAAGGGUGAAGAUAAGGCAAGAGUAAGAAAAUUGGAUGUUUUUCUUUAACUCUACAGUUUUGAUCUUAUCUUUAUUCAGUGCUUUAGGCAAUAAUACUUUUUAUGUAGAGCUCAAGUUCUUUCAGUUCCAUAAUCUUGCCUCUCUUUACUCCAGUGUGUUAUUAAGAGUGACACUGCAAACAGGUUUAAGCUAAGGAGGUGGCAUAUCUUGGAAGUUCUUAAAAGUUUGACUUAAAGCAUUAAAAAUAUUUUGAAAAUGUAAAUAGAAAACACAAGGAGAGAAAAAUAUUUCCAAAUGGUGCUGGCUGUUUUGAUUUCUGACUGGGAAUGGUUUGCCUUUCAUGUGAAUAAACAAAAAGUGAGAUUAUGCACUUAGUGUACGGGCCCAAUAAAUAUUUUGUCUGGUUUUGUAGACUUAGUGAAAUUUCCAUUUUUGUUUUGUAUUGCGCUCAAUGGUAUGGUUUUGUUUUUGUGGUUAGUCUAAGUAUCAGAGAUGGAUGAUUUCAUGAUCUUUAUAUGUUGUAACUGAAUUGGAGGGAUAAAGUUGGCCUGGAUGUUAACAGAUAGCACCUUGUGAGUCAUUGAUCUCCAGCUGAACAGAUAUGUGAGGCUUUGGUUUAAUGCCUUCUCUGAAAAGUACAUAAAUAUUAGUGUAGAUUUCAUAAAUGUUGUGUCCUGUCUUUGGAUGAACUUGAAAUCUGACUCAAAGGCAAGAGAACUUGAAACAAGCAAGCACUCCUGCAUGCAUGGACCUUGGCAACUGUCCAAUUCUUUCAGAUUUUUUAAACCUGUUUUGGAAUAUAACUAAAUUAGGUUGAGACUCUGGUGUAGUUUGUACAGCUGCUGCCUUAGCUCCAUAGACUUCAAUCCUGCAUGGAGUGUGCGUAUUCUCUUUGUGACUGCAUUAAUUUCUUACAGGUUUUCCACUUCCCUCCCAUAUCCUCAAAAAUGUCCUAUUUGGAGCUAUAAAAAGCUUCCAGUACAUAUAUGAGAGGUAGAUUUUGGAGUAGUUGAUACGAGAAGUAUAACUGUCUACUGUUUGAUUAGUGUAAGUGGUGUAUUCUGGUUGGUAUGGUCUGAGGGGUUUGUUUCCAUGCUGUAUCUCUCUAACUCAGGUUUACUCAACCUGGGGUCCAUGGACGCUUUGUUUAAUGGUAAUGGUCCAUGGCAUAAAAAAGUUUAGGAACCCCUGCUUGAACUCAUUCAGUUGUUAAGUUGAGACAUAGGUAAUCAUUAUAAUGAAACCUUGCUUGCCUACACAUUGCGAAAUUUCGGUGUACCAAUUUGUCUUUGACUUGGAAUUGGCUACAUAUGACCACUAAGAGUAAAAUUUUGGCAAGAUUAUGGUGAACUAAAAUUAUAUAUUUUUAAAUGAUUCCGUUCCAAGUUGUGGAUAAUUCAAAUGAUUUGUCCUGAUGAGAUUUUCUUUCUGAAAUGCUUCAAAAGACUCGAAGGCUAUGUUGAGGUUGAAGCUAAGUUCACAUUGGGUUAAAUUGUUUUAACAUUCUCUUGUGUUGGCUCAUUCCAGUCAAUAUAGCUAUGAUAUCAUAUGCUGCAGAUGAAGAACAAAAGUACAAUGGCUCAUUUGAAUACAGAAGUCUUUUAUUUUGAUAUGAGAUUUGAAAGAGCUCUAUUUUUGCACUCUAAUUGGAAAAUGUGAUUAACUUUGUAGUAGCAUAUGAUCUAGUUUCUUUUACAACAAAUGGCCAAAAACUGUAUAUUAUAAAUUUACAAGUGCUGUGUAUGCACACAUGGUAACUAAACUGUGGCAAUUCUACAGAACAGAGCUGAGCUAGUUGGAUUUCCUGAUCUAUAUAUUUGAUAUGAUGCUAAGUGAAUCCUGAAUGUGGUGAAUAUAAUUUUAAAUAGUUUUUGAUAGAUUCAGACAACAAAUUACUGGACAUGAAAGGGCUUUAACUUAUAAAAAAUAAAUGAUCUCUUGGGGCUUCCAUAAUGUAUAAUAUUUUUACUAAAACUAUCCUUUCAUUAUUAUUGAGGGAACAUAUUUAAAUCUGUUUAUGAUCCUGCAGUGUGUUGACUAUGUAAGCAUUUUUUUAAGGGAAUAUAAAGUUGAAGUCAUUUUAAAUCAGAUUAGUUGCUGCUACUUGGCAGCCAUGUUGGCUUUUAAAUUGCACCUGAUCUGACUGUUUGAGAUGUGACUGCAUAAGAAAAAAUUACCUUGGAUAUGAACUCAAAUGCAAAAGGAUUUCCUCUCUCAAAUAAUGGAUAUUGGUUUUGAUUAACAAACUAAUUUUCUAAUUUUUGUAAAUUUUUUGCUGUUCUCCAGCAUCUUUCUUGAAUCUCAACUAAGUGACUGCAUAGCCUGGUGGUUGAAUUGUAUGCUGUAACAUCAAUUCAAUCAGAUGAUAUUUUUUGUUUUCCACUUGCUAGCUUGCUGGCAGGCUAACAAUAAAUGUAAGAUGCUGCUCAGAAAAAAUCAAAUUAAUGGUAAUUUUUUAAAUGUUUUCCAGUAAAUUAUGAGAACAGUCACAACAUUACUGUUACACGUGUCGGUGAGAUUCGAAAGAACACUGUACUGUUGAAUUAUCCUUUUUUAUCUCCCAAUAAGGUGUCGUUUGCACUUUACAAAAUCCAAUAGUCCUGAAUCUGUUCUUGUGACGCUUUUGAGUAUGUUGGUUGGGCUCUUUUUAUGGAAAUUAAUGUAUUAAACUUGUACAACAGUCUCCUGAAUGUUUCUUCAAGCAAUAAAAUUGUUGCAGGGAAUUGUA